AAAAAAAAUUACAUAUAUACCAUACCUACUUUCGUUCUCGAGAACUCUCAGUGGGGCCGAACAUACGGAGCAGUGAAACUUGCGACCUAAGAGGUAUAUAAAUCACUGCUGUGACAGCGAAUCUCAUACUUGACCUUGAACCGCAAUUUCGGCAACAUGGCGGCUUCAGUUUUCAGCGAUGUGCCCAUGGGCGCACCUAUUGAGGUCUUUGCCCUCUCCAAACGAUAUAAUGAAGAUCCGAACCCAAACAAAGUUGAUCUUGGGGUUGGAGCAUACCGUAAUGAUGAUGGCAAGCCAUGGGUGUUACCAAUGGUGACAACAGUGGAGAGACAGAUGGCUUCUGAUGAAACACUCAAUCAUGAGUAUCUGCCAGUCGCAGGACUCCCUGCCUUUCGUACCUCAGCUGUUGCUCUUUUGCUGGGCAAAGAUAACCCAGCCAUUCUUGAAAGAAGGGUUGAAGGAAUUCAAGUACAAGGUGGUACAGGUGGUAUACGUCUGGCAUUAGACUUCCUGAAAAAGAACCUAAAAUCAGAUGUUGCCUACGUAUCUAAACCUACUUGGGGAAAUCACCAGUUGAUAUGCAAAGCUGCAGGAUUUUCAUCAGUCCGUGAUUACCGAUACUGGGAUGCAAAGGAACUUGGAGUAGACUUUGCUGGCAUGGUGGAGGACUUAAAGGCGGCACCAGAGGGUGCAGUGAUCAUUCUUCAUGCAUGUGCACACAAUCCAACAGGCAUUGACCCCACUCAGAAGCAGUGGGAAGAGAUUGCUAACAUAAUGGAGGAGAGGAAGCUGUUUCCCCUCAUUGACAUUGCAUAUCAAGGUUUUGCAAGUGGAGAUCUGGAUGCUGAUGCUGCAACCGUGCGAUAUUUUGUCAAACGUGGCUUUGAACUUCUAGUGGCACAGUCCUUCUCCAAAAACUUUGGCUUGUACAAUGAAAGAAUUGGUAAUUUAUGCAUCGUUACCAAGACACCAGAUGUGAUCCCCAACAUCCGCUCCCAGAUGGAAAUCAUUGUAAGGACCACCUGGUCUAAUCCUUCACAUCAUGGAGCACGCAUUGUGGCCAUGGUUCUUAACAACCCUGCCUACUUUGAAGAAUGGAGAGGACAGGUGAAGACCAUGGCUGAUCGCAUAAAGGAAAUGCGUAAGCUGAUGUACAACAAGCUUCGUCAGAAGAAAACAGAAGGGAAAUGGACUCAUAUUCUGGAACAGAUUGGCAUGUUCAGCUUCACAGGGCUAACACCAAAACAAGUGCAAGUAUUGGUAGAAAAGUAUCACAUCUACUUGCUAGCCAAUGGACGCAUCAGCAUGUGUGGUCUGACCACGAAAAACAUUGACUACGUGGUUGACGCCAUCCAUGAUGCCAUAAACACCUAUCCGACAUCAAACAGCCACACCAGCAUCUCUGGCCAUCAAGCAAAAAUCUGAGAAUACUUUUUCUCUCCCUUUGGUGUUAAGUAUGGAUUCACUGUGAGCCAAAUCAGUAAACGAAGGAUGCUUCUCACUCACCUGCAUGUUUUAUGUUUAGGUAAAUUUUGUCUUAUGAACACAGAAAUUGUGCAGAUAUUAUCAAGUUUAAAACUGUAGAAAUAUUAAGGCUGUGAGUGGGGAAAAAAACAAUGCAUUUGGCCUUUAAUAUGAUUCUUUCAAUGCAUCAGAUUUCAAGGUGAAUGACUUAUUAAAGUUGAUGGAAUUUUCUUAUGUGAGUUCCUGUAAAAAUCAAACAAUUAAAUAUAUUUUAAGAUAUUCAUGAAACAUGUGAUCUAAGAUUAUUAGAAGUGUCCAGGUUGUGAAUGGUAUAAUAUGUUUGUAUUUAGAUUUUAUCUUUAUUUCCCAGGAUACUCAGCAUUACAUCUGGACAGAAUUAAAGAGCUUUUAGAUAAUGGUCUACCUUGUUACUGGUUUUUCACCAUUUCCUGUACAAGCACCCUGAUAUAUCAGUAAACAUUUUCAAACUAUGUACAUAUUUUGCUUUAAUUAUACAUUACCUUGACUAACUGGGCUCAGUGUUUAGAGGCACUUAAUUUUUACUUUUGUCUCCUGUCACAGAAAAUCUAGGGAGGUGAUUAUUUUUUAUUAAUUUUACAGAAGGAAAGAAUCUGGUCAUGCUAUAAUCUAACAGAAUAAAGCGUGUCUUUUCAAUGAA